AUGUCUCGCCCCGAGGACACCCUCGCCGCCGACGUCCACUACGACGACAUCGAAGCCCGCAAAUACACCACCAACUCACGUAUCCAAAACAUCCAAGCAUCCAUGACCCGCCGGGCCCUCGAGCUCCUCGACCUCAAGUGCCCCUCCCUGAUCCUCGACAUCGGCUGCGGCAGCGGCCUCUCCGGCGAAAUCCUCUCCGCCGUCGACCCCGAAGAAGGCGGCCCUCACACCUGGAUCGGCAUGGACGUCUCCCCCUCCAUGCUGGACAUUGCUCUACAGCGCGACGUAGAAGGUGACCUUCUCCUCGCAGAUAUUGGCCAAGGCGUGCCCUUCCGAGCGGGCAGUUUCGACGCCGCCAUCAGCAUCUCCGCAAUUCAGUGGCUCUGCAGCGCCGAGAGCAGCGACACUUCGCCUACGGGACGAUUAACCCGCUUCUUCAACGGCCUGUAUGCGUCGUUGAAGAGAGGCGGUCGUGCGGUGUGCCAGUUUUAUCCUAAGAAUGACGUGCAGAGGAAUAUGAUUACCCAGGCGGCUGUGAAGGCGGGAUUCGGCGCGGGUAUCCUUGAAGAUGACCCUGGUACGAAAAACGUCAAGCUGUAUCUGGUUUUGACUGUGGGAAAUGCUGCUGUGGCUGGGGGCGCAGGCGACAUUACGGGUGUUGUGUCUGGUCUGGAUGACGUGGAUAUCAUGGAUGCGAGAAAGAAGCUGAAGAGUAAUAAUGGCCCGUUAAAGAAGGGGAGUAAAGCGUGGAUUGUGAAGAAGAAGGAGCAGCUGGAGAGGAAGGGCAAGGUUGUCAAGACGUCCUCCAAGUAUACGGGAAGAAAGCGACGUCCGGCUUUCUAA